UGACAAGUGCCAAUGGGCUAUUCACCACGUGCAAAACAAGCAUUGUGGUUCGAGUUAUGGAUGACGAGAGGGGCUCUGCCCAGCACACGAUUACCACCGAGGAAACCUUGUUCUUUUUAGAAGUAUGAGGCUGGCCUGUUACACUCAUACUAAGACCGCAUUUGAGCCGUCUUUGAAAAGUCGACAGGCUUGACAUGCUUCCGGAUGUGCAAGGGUAGCUUGUCGCUCUUAUUAAACUUCACAAUCCCUCGUUUGUGAAGGUUGAGUGCACCCGCUCUUUAUCUUCUUCAUUCGCUCUUUCUUGCGGUUUUUGGUUUCUCGGCUACUCGAUCUCGCUAUUUGAUCCGAGUGCCCUUCCAUUCUUUAUUAGCUCUUUGUUCCGCUCCCUUCUUCUCUUUCGAGUCAGCCUACGAUACCCCGCCAACCUGUUUCCCCAAGGUGGCUAUAAUGUUCUUGUUCCACGCAGUUUUUCUAUGGGCCACUGCGGCCUCAGCUUCACGGUUCGCAAUCAGGACGGAGGGCGGCCCUGAACCAGUGCCGGUCGUUCAUGAUAGUUCUUUUGUGCCAGACGCUAUUCUGAGAGUCACUCACGACAAGCUCCAAGCUGCAUGUUCGCCCGAGAAGCCGAGCUAUCUGGUCAAUGGCACGUAUCCCGGACCAGCACUUCGCAUACCUACGGGCAAAACGACUUGGAUUCGAGUAUACAAUGACGUUGAAAAUCACAACCUGACUAUGGUGAGUUCUUCGUUUAAGAUCUCAUCAUACCAACAUGACUCUAACACUGUCUGAUAGCACUGGCACGGUCUGUCGUUAGCAGUCAGUCCCUUUUCCGACGGAACUCCACAAGUCAGCCAAUGGCCUAUUGGUCCACUCCACUUCUUCGAUUAUGAAAUGCAUGUUCCUGAAGAUAGAGCGGGCACAUAUUUCUACCACAGUCACGUCGGUUUCCAGGCUAGCACAGCCGCAGGACCAUUAAUCGUAGAAGAUGCCAUCGCUCCUCCAUAUGAAUAUGCAGAAGAAAGAAUCAUGUUCAUCGGAGAUAUUUUCGACAAGACUGAUGAAGAUAUUGAAAAGGGACUGACUUCCAACCCAUUUGUUUGGAGUGGUGAGGCAGCCAUGGUUUUGCUUAACGGGAGAGGUGGAGGUAACAACAAUGGAACCUUUUGCAACGCCAGUCUUCCAGUCAUCGACGUCAAGCCUGACACCACUUACCGAUUCCGAUUCAUUGGUGCUACUGCUUUGAGUUUCGUCUCUCUCGAGGUUGAGGGACAUGAUACAUUCUCUGUCAUUGAGGCUGAUGGGUAAGAAACUGCGCUCUGGGACAUAGUAGGGAAACUUAUUAACAUGAUUCUAGUCACUAUACUCAACCUUACGAUACUCCAUUCAUGCAAGUCGGCCCUGGACAACGAUUCAGUGCUCUUUUCAAAACUCUCGCUCAGCCAGAAAAGUCAACCUAUAUAAUCCAAAUGGAAUCUCGCGAACGACCAACAGUCACUCGUGGCUUCGCCAUUCUCCGAUACAGCGACCCAGAACCAAACGCGUCAAGUACCAACAAAUUCUACCCACCCGAGCAACAACCAUGGCAGAUGUGCAACACAUCCACCGAUUGGUUAGAAUACGAGCUGAAGCCUCUCGUACCCAUCGACUUCCCAACAGCGGACAAGGUCACCCGAACCGUCACAAUGACCACUCAUCAAUACCAACAGGGUUUCAUCACAUGGCGCCAAAACGGACACCCAUGGACCGAGACUUAUCCCCAAGAACCAUAUCUCGUCUCCCUCUACAAAUCCGACCACGCCGAAUAUCCCUCCAUGGAACGCGCCCUCGCCAACGAUGGAAUCGACCCCGUGACUCGUGUCUUCCCCGCUCAAAUCGGCGAGAUCAUCGACCUAGUCAUCCAAAACACGGGCAGUGACAACGGCGGCGUGGAUAUCCAUCCCUUCCACGUCCACGGAGCCUCGAUCAUGGAUCUGGGUUCCGGGCGUGGCCGCUACAACGCAACCGAGAACGAGAGAAAACUCAUCGAACUGGGAGUCCAACCCGUUUACCGCGAUACCACCAUGCUCUACCGCUACGGCUCAAAAGCACCGAACGGCACAGCCGCAGGCUGGCGCGCAUGGAGAAUGAAGGUUACGCAGCCUGGUGCGUGGAUGAUCCAUUGCCAUAUUCUGCAGCAUAUGGUGAUGGGGAUGCAGACGGUGUGGGUGUUUGGUAAUGAGACUGAGCUGCUAGCAUCGGUUCCUCAGCCCCAGAUUGAGGGGUAUCUGAAUUAUGGGGGAAGUGCGUAUGGAAACAGCACGCACGACCCGGUGAUGGUGGCUUUCCAGGAUGGACCUGCAUGGACGGAAGGCCAGUAACGGACGCGGCGUGAUUAUUUGCAGCGACCUUUUUAGAUUUGAUUUUAUAGCGAAGAGCGAGGAGCUUGAUGAAAUCCACGGCUCGAAUUUGAUUCAGAUUUUGUCCCGUUACGAGAAGAGUGACCGGUAGUUCCAUGAAUCUAAUAACUUUGAGGGAAGAUGCCUAAAUGUUCAUUUCUCCUCACCCCUAUCCCACAUGACUCUAGGCCUUGAAAAACGAAGAAGGUGCGCAGAAACUACUGUACAACAAAUACCUACAGCCGAAUAGUGAACUCGAUUAGCUUGCCAUCGCAGCAAGUAUAUAAACAGGUACUGUAUAGGAAUAAGUGUAAGUAUGUAAAAAAGCAUAUAAAUGACAGCCUUCCAUUCCAACUCAGGUGCCAUAGUCUUUCCAUCUACCAAGUAUUCCAUCAUAUAAACAUCUCCUUCCCUUUCUACCGAUGUGUGUUGUCUUCCAUCUUCCAGUACAGCAGGGGUAUCAGAAUCGCGCACGCACGGGAUUCCCCGCAUCGUACUCCACACCAGCGACCUGACCCAUAACGGUAACUCGCGUGUAAAUUCAUGCGAACCACCCAGCCUAUAACAGAAGUGCUAUAGGACUAAAUAUAAAUAUCUACCAUGUAAGAAUUUGAGCCUCAAUCUUAGCUAUUUAUGCCUGCUCAGAUCACGACGUCUCUGGGGGAUACCGAGGAUUUUACUUUUGGAGGAGUUUAUGGAUCAUGGAGAUGGUAGGUAAAGGGGGUGGACAGUUAAUGCUGGACACUGUCGCUGAUCAUAGUACGUCUCCGCCGCGCCUUUUAGCUAAACCAGCCAAUCAAAGACUCGGAUUUGCAAGAUAUAGACUUUUUUCACAUAUGAUCUACGUGACAGUGUCCAGCAUUGACUGUCCACCCCCUUUAUGUGAUUGUGAGGAUGAGUUGAUGGUUGGAGGGAGAUAGAGGAGCUUGCUAUGAUUUGAGCUGAUGGGGUAUCCUAUGAAAGCUGGUUUAUGAUUAUAUAGAGUAAAAGUUCUACUAGAAAGGUGUAAAUAUAGGGGUUAGGCGGGGAUUAAUUAGAGUUAUAGCUUAAAAAAGCAGGUCUCACCACCUGUACUACUCUAAAAAAGGAUUGUAAAUUAGCGUAGAACCUAAGGUUAAGGGAUCUAACUAAUAAAUACUACCUAUUUAAUACUCCUUAGUAUUUUGACCGCUUAAGGAGUAUAUCUAGGCUUAAAAUAUAGUAGAUUUACCUCUAAACGAUCUACGUAAUAGGUCCCGGA